CACAACCCUCGAUACCCACCACAGCACGACAUCGACAUCGCCAACCCUUUUCCCCAGUCUUAGCCUCCGAUUUUCCUCAAACAAACAGGAUUUUCCCAAGGCGUGGCUGGGUGUCAUUUGGUAUCUCGAUUAAUUAAGGUUAGGCUUUGGACUUUGGCUUUGGCUUUGGCGUGGUCUUUCCUGUCUCUACUUCCCCAUCGGUAAAGGGGAAUCCUGGUACAGACAUGUUAUGUUGCAGAGUCCGUCUGGAGUUUUCUUACCCACGAUUCGAUCAAAUACUGCCGUAUCGAAAUCUGGGUUUUGGAAUCCCCCCAUCCUUCCACCCACUAACCCGGAAAGGGGGAUUCGUAUUUCUAUUUUUGAUCGAUCUGACCCCCUGUUCUUGGCUACUGUAAGCUUGUUUGGCGCAGGCCAGAUCGCGUUUGAGUUUCCUUUGUUUUGGGGAUCCAUCUGGCUUGGGAUGGUGCUAAUGUGGAGUGGUGAAAUGCUUGGUGUGUUAGGGACAUAUUUGAUGUGACGUGAGGAGUUUAUUUAGCUGGGCGUUCACCCGCACUUUUUUGCUUGGAAGUUUUCCUGGGGAGAAGAGUGAUGUGAAGAGAAGAUAAAAGAGAGGGCUGGAUCAUCUUAUCUUUUUUUUGUUGUCUGUCAUUUUCUGGGUUGCUGUCAAACUUUAACCUUCCUUAACCUGCCUUGACUUGAAGUCGACAUUGGCCUCUUCUCGCUAUUGGUGUAUCGAGUGCUGGACAUUACUUCUACUUUCUUUCAAGACAUAUUCUUUUCUUGACAGAGUACAUGUACUUUGAUUGAUUUGACAUCAACACACAUCAUUCAUCACCCAUCAUGAAAGUCCUCGUCGUCAUCGCCUCCCUCGCUAUCGGGGCUCAAACUUUUACCAUUCCCCUCAUCGCUAAAAGAGAAGGAAUUACAGUCAAACCCGGCGGUGUUACCAACGUCGGCGGGGAAUCUGGAAUAACCACCAAUCCUGACGGCAGCCAAUCUGUCGGUGGAGAAUCAGGAAUCAACGUCGCUGCUCCAGCUGGUGGUGAAAAGGCCAACAAAACUGCCGGCGCCGAAAAGGCCGCACCCGCCGCAGGAGGCGCCAAAGAGGGCGGAGCAGCUCAGGGUGGUGCUGGAGCAGCAAAUGGCUUAGCAGGUUUGCUUGGUGCUCUCCAAGGAGUCGGUGCUGGGGGUGCUGCCCAGGGAGGAAAUGGGAAUGCGGGUGGUGCACAGGGACUGGCGGGUUUGCUUGGUGCUUUACAAGGAGUCAAUGCUGGAGCUGGAGGAGUUGGAGGAGCCGGAGGAGCCGGAGUGAAAGCUGGGGAGGGUGCGAAAGCUCCUCCAGCAGAGGCUUCAAAGGCCGUCAAAGCCGCAAAACCUAGUGCUGCUCCCCCUCCACCACCUACUGCCUCGCCCCCAGCACCCCUAGCUUGUCCACCACCGCCUCCAGGAAACGGAACCGCACCACCUCCCCCUCCUCCUCCUGCGAACGGUACAAAAGCAGGCCCAAAAGCAGGCCCAAAAGCAGGCCCAAAAGCAGGUGCCGCUCCAAAGCCGCUCGCGGGACCAGGAGCCGCGCCUGGUAACGGCACGGCGCCGCCUCCUCCACCACCACCAGGAAAUGGCACCGCACCACCGCCACCUCCCCCAUGUAAUGGAACAGCUCCUCCACCACCAGCGGCAAAGCCAAAGCCAGCCGGAGGCGCGGGAGCAGGAGCCGGGAAAGGGAAAGAUAAAGCUGCUCCCGCCGGGGUAGCAAAACCAGCUGCUCCCAAGGCAUCGCCCCCUGCGCCUCCAGCUGGUGGAGCGAAACCGGCAGCUCCAAAGGUAUCAUCUCCUCCCGCAGCGGCACCGAAACCUGCACCGACAAACGGCGCUGGAGGUGGUGCUGGAGGGAGACCUGCUGAGGGACCGCCAAGUCCAGUUUUGGUACCCGUUGAUGUUGCGCCACCGAGAGCUACUGGUGCGCAGGUCUCGGCUGAGAAGAUGAGAAGAGUAUUGGAGGGUGAGAUGGGGAAGGAGUUUGUGAAGAGGAUUGUGAGGGUGAAUAACAGGAAUAUGCAUGAUUUGCGGGAUUGAUUGUAUCACACGAUAUGAGAGGAAGGAAGGGGAUGGAGCGAUUGGUGGAGGGGGUUUUGAGGUCGCUGGCGGCCUGGUGAGGCUGGCAUUUCUUGGUGGUGGGAUGUUUUUUGGAUGGUGCUGUUUUGUAAGUAUAAAUAGACUUCUUGGCUUCUAGGCGAGGAAUUUUUGUGGAGAGAAAAGUAUGGAACAACAGUCUUUGUGACUUGUUGAAUAAGUGAGACCCGAGACGAGAAAACAUCAGAGACAAAAAGAACUUAUAGUGAUUAUGUGCGAUUACAGAAAUAGAAAUUAACAAGAGAAUAUGAAUAUGAAUAGAGCCAGAAGCAUCA